AGAAAAUUUCGUGGUAGAACUAUAGAAAUGCCGGGACGGUCGGUCCCUGCUCAAUUUUGGGCACCAUCUUGGCAUCAGUGACCGCUCUUUGCUGUUUUGGAGGGUCGAUGCACCGCUCAUCGGGUCACGAGGACACUACGCAAGCUGCGUGGCACUAUUGCGCGCAAUAGUUUCACACGUGGUGAGCCAGCUUGCUUUCCGACGUGGUGCUUUGUACAUCGUCUCGAUGCGUAUAGUCAUACCUUUCGCAGCCAUGCGUGCGACAUGCGCGCACUGCAGUGGGUUCCAGCUUUGGGUCUUGUAGGGUUGUUUCUGCUCCACAUGCAUUUUCGGCUCAACUGUUGUUCCAGGCUGGUUGUUUGUCAGGCACACACUCUGGCCAUGGAUGUCCGCUUUAUCGAAGAAUGGCAAGCAUUUGGGCCCGUUACCUCGCUGAGCUCCUCGGGACAUACAUUUUGGUGAUCGUCGUAGCCUGCCUCGACAUUGUUGGUGAGGCCUCUGAUAUAUUCAGUGCUCAGGCACACUUUUCUCAGGUACCUCUUUAUGCCGCUGGUGCAGUGACGGCCUUGACGUAUUCACUCUACAAUGUUUCUGGCGCUCAUCUGAACCCCGCGGUCUCCGUUGCCUUCGGCGUCGCUGGCGAAAUGACCUGGAAGAUGGUCGGAAUUUAUGUGGCCUUGCAGUCGCUGGCGGCCAUGCUUGGUACCUUCACAUUCGCGGUCGCCUUCCAGGUCACGCUGCAGAACAAUAAAAGUGGCGAGUACGACUGGGCGCGGGCGGGGCUCACCGAGGUGUUAUUCAGCACGAUGUUCUGUUUCGUAUUCCUGAAUGUUGUCAGGGCAAAAAAGAACAAGGACAGCCAGCACUACGGCCUCGCGAUCGGCCUCGCCCUCCUGGCGGCCACGUGCGCGGGUGGUCACAUCAACGACAGUGUGCUCAACCCUGCCGUACAUUUAGGCAGGGCGUGAGGCGGUUGGCAUGCAGCAUGCCGUCCUCAGCAAAAUGACAGAGGCCCGAACAAAGAUGAUGGAGACGCCGAUGGCGAUUGUGCAGGCUGCAGGUUUACAACCCAGCGCAGAACAUGAUUACGACCGUUGAACCAGAGGCUGGGCGACCGCUGGAAUGUACUGGCGCAGCGGAAGCUCCGCUGGCGUUGUCUUCGUCCUGCUUGACUUGAUCGGGGCGGUUAUCGCGGCCGUUGUCUUCCAGGCGUGCCAGAGUGGUGAGCAGGCCCCUGCCGCGGCUUGCCGCGCGUUGGCGGAGGGCGUGGGCGCGUUCUACCUCGUGCUGGUC